AAUCAGCGUCGAGUAAAAAAAAUGGCGUCGGUACGGCACAGAGAAGUCCGAGCCGAUCGCCUUCACGCCCGUCAACAUGUCCAACACGGACACCGCGACAACUAACCGAGCGGCCGGUGCCGACGGGUGUCGUUUCUGCGGGUAUUCUCGGGAUGCUGGUGCGUCUGUGUAGCUUUAUUACUGCUUCUUUCGAGCCGGAGAGUCGCCCCUGCUGGGGGAAAAGCUCAUUAGCUUGAAGUCGGCUAGCCUUCAUCCUCCAUGAAGCCUCGGCCAGAAGACUUCUUUCUCGCACAUUCUAGCCUGCUAUUUAACUCCUUUUCCCGCCUACCGACACCACCAAUUAUGCGUCAACUGGAUUAAAAAAAAAACAACAAAAGUCACUUGUAGCGCUGGAGUGAUUCAAAGGCGGCCAAGUCUGGCAUUGCGACAUUGUGGAGCCGGAGUGACUCGGCCGUCAUGUAUUUCCUCACCGGCUGGCCACGGAGGCUGCUUUGUCCGCUGCGGAGUGCGGAGGAUCCCUUCCACAUCCAGCCCAGCUCGCAGCGGUUCUACUUCGCUCUGCUUUCCGAGACGCAGCUCAGCAUCUGGUUCAGUCGGCCCAGUGUUUUGAUUGUGAGCUACAUUGACUCUGCCAAGGCAAUAGCACAGUUUGGCUUCUACCAGAGGGCAGAAUGGAAACCGGACGACUCCAUGAUUGCCGUGGCGACCGCCAAAGGCUAUAUCCUCCUGUUCUCUGUGCUCGGCGGUGGGGAUGACAAGUACCUCUACGAGCCAGUCUACCCAAAGGGGAGCCCUCGCGUGAAGGUAACACCGGGUUUGAAGGAGGAGCAGUGUGCCCCUGCUUUGUCACUCGAGAUAAAGAAGCCUGUUGAUCUGGAGGCCCCCAUCACCAGUCUACAGUCCCUCCAAGAGGAGCUGCUGGUGUGCACGGCAGACGGCUACCUCCACGUGUUGCACUGGGACGGGCUCGGCGGCAACGGACGCAAGGCCAUCUGCCUCACCACCAUCCCCUUCUCUCUAGACCUCCAGUCUGCUCGAGGUGGCCCGUCCCUGGACCUGGAAGGUGUUCACAUCCGCUGCAUGGAGUACUGCGAGACCCUGGACGGCUUUGCUGUGGUACUGAGUGAUGGACGCCUGGGCUUCAUCACGCCCCUAAGCAGCAGCAUCACUGCGGAUCAACUGCAGGGCGUCUGGGCGGCAGAUGUGAGCGAUGGCACGUGCCUGGCCGUCAACAACAAGUACAGACUGAUGGCAUUCGGGUGCGCAAGCGGCUCAGUGCUGGUCUACAUGAUUGACACCGCAACCGGAUCUAUGCAGCUCUCCCACAAGCUGGAGCUCACCCCAAAACACUACCCAGACAUCUACAACAAGACGGGUCCGGUCAAACUCAUAUGCUGGUCCCCCGACUAUAGCGUCGCCAUGGUUACGUGGGAGUGUGGCGGCCUGUCGCUGUGGAGCGUCUUUGGAGCUCAACUCAUCUGCACGCUCGGAGAGGACUUUGCGUAUCGCUCCGAUGGCACCAAGAAGGAUCCCCUUAAAAUCAGCUCUAUGAGCUGGGGUGCGGAGGGUUACCAUCUGUGGGUGCUGCACACCAAACGCGUAAAGAUUAAGCCGGAGGAGGCGCAGCAAGAAGAGGAGACCGUGUCGCCGCCACCAUCUUCCCUGCAGGCGGGCAUCCUACAGUUCCACUUCAUCAAGAGCGCCCUCACGGUCAACCCGUGCACGAGUAACCAAGAGCAAGUGCUGCUGCAUGGCGAGGACCGCCUUUACCUGACCUGCGGCGACCCGGCGCAGGCGCACAGCAGCUCUGAGACGCAACAGCACUCACGCUUGCACCUGCACGACGGCAGCCCACCGCACCACCACCACCACCACCCGGACUCCUCGCUCUCUCAGGGACUCAGCACUUUACUGGGACACAAGCACUGGCAUGUGGUCCAGAUUCACAGCACAUACCUCGAGAGUAACUGGCCCAUACGGUUUGCAGCCAUCAACACAGCUGGGCAGUGCAUGGCUGUAGCAGGGCGACGCGGCUUUGCACACUACUCUUUGUUCACAAGGAAGUGGAAACUCUUUGGAAACAUCACUCAGGAGCAGAACAUGACGGUGACAGGUGGUCUGGCGUGGUGGAACGACUUUGUGGUGGUGGCCUGUUACAAUUUCAUAGACCAGCAAGAGGAGCUGAGGCUGUAUCAGCGCUCAUCCAACCUGGACAACGCCUUCGCCUCGUUCACCAAGCUGCAAUCCGACACGCUGCUGCUCAAUGUUUUCCGAGACAUGGUCAUCUUGUUCAGAGCCGACUGCUCCAUCUGCCUCUACAGCAUAGAGAGGAGGAGCGACGGUCCAAAACCGACCGUCAGUGUGGAGCUGCUGCAGGAAGUCUCCAUGUCGCGCUACAUCCCUCAUCCUGCUUUGGUGGUCUCCGUCACGCUCACAUCAGUGCGCACGGAGACUGGCAUCACGCUGAAAGCCCCGCAGCAGGCCUGCAUGGCAGAGAGCAUCAUGUUGAAUCUAGCCGGUCAGUUAAUAAUGCUACAGAGGGAUCGUUCAGGACCGCAGGUACGAGAGAAGGAGACCCCCGCCAACAGCAAGAAGCUGCUACCCUUCUGCCCCCCGGUGGUCCUCGCCCAGUGCGUGGAGAACGUCUGGACCACCUGCCGCUCCGACAGGAAAAAGCGCCACCUCCUGGAGGCCCUGUGGCUGUCCUGCGGCGAGGCGGGCAUGAAGGUGUGGAUGCCGCUCUUCCCCCGUGACCACCGCAAGCCCCACUCCUUCCUCUCCAGGCGCAUCAUGCUGCCUUUUUACAUCAACAUCUACCCGCUGGCCGUGCUGUUCGAGGACGCCCUGGUGCUUGGCGCCACCAACGAGACGGUGCUGUACGACGGGCUGCAAGGUUCUUCGGAGCCACUGGAGGCGCUGUUUCCUUUCUGCACCGUGGAGAGGACUUCGCAGAUUUACCUGCAUCACAUCCUGAGACAACUUCUGGUUCGCAAUCUGGGGGAACAGGCUUUGAUGCUGGCCCAAUCGUGCGCCUCCCUCCCUUACUUCCCUCACGUCAUGGAGCUCAUGGUCCACGUGGUCCUGGAGGAGGAGGCCACCUCUCGGGAGCCCAUCCCCGACCCGCUGCUGCCCACCGUGGCCAAGUUCAUCACCGAGUUCCCGCUUUUCCUCCAGACCAUCGUGCACUGCGCCCGCAAGACGGAGUACGCCCUGUGGAACUACCUGUUUGCCGCCGUGGGGAACCCCAAGGAUCUGUUCGAGGAGUGCCUAAUGGCUCAAGAUCUGGACACGGCGGCCUCCUACUUGAUCAUCCUGCAGAACAUGGAGGUUCCGGCCGUGAGCAGACAGCACGCCACGCUGCUCUUCAACACGGCGCUCGAGCAGAGCAAGUGGGACCUUUGUCGUCACAUGAUCCGCUUCCUGAAAGCCAUUGGCUCGGGGGAAACGGAGACUCCGCCCCCAACGCCCACCACACAGGAGCCCAGCUCUACCGGCGGCUUCGAGUUCUUCCGGAAUCGCAGCAUCAGCUUGUCUCAGUCUGCAGAUUCCGUCACGGUGGGCAAGUUCAGCCUGCAGAAGACCUUCAGCAUGCCAACUGGACCUUCAAAUAAAGGGCGUGACGGCGAAUGCGCAGAGAACAUGUACAUUGACAUGAUGCUCUGGCGCCACGCACGCCGCCUCCUGGAGCAGGUCCGCCUCCGAGACCUGGGCUGCUUCUCAGCACAACUGGGAUUUGAGCUCAUCGGUUGGUUGUGCCGCGAGAGGAACCGCGUGGCCCGCGUCGACGAUUACGUCCUGGCCCUAAAGAGACUCCACAAGGACUUCCUGUGGCCUUUCCCGGUCAUUUCCGUGGGGAAUGUCAGUUCGCCACUGAAGAACGGACGCUGCCGUCCAGUGCUGAGCACACAGCUCCUCAAAUCCCAGUCGGCUGACAGCCUGCUGCACAUGGACACAGCCCCCUCGCCGCCGGGCCCCAGCAGCCACACCUGGAUGGACGGCCUCAGCCAGAGGAGCAAAGACAUGGACGCCGGCUCGUCCGCUAACUCCAACCGGCACUCCCCGCAGACGCACGACGCCUUCCUGUCACUUCUCACCAACAAAGUUGAGGAGUACAGCAUCGGCUCAGCCACAGACCUGACAGAGAGCAGCUCGGUGGUGGACGGCGACUGGACGAUGGUGGACGAGAACUCUUCCGCGCUGGGUCUGAGCCAGGCCGAGCUGGAGCACAUCUCCAUGGAGCUGGCCAACAAAGGGCCGCACAAGUCUCAGGUGCAGCUCAGGUACCUCCUGCACGUCUUCAUGGAGGCCGGCUGCCUGGAGUGGUGCGUUGUCAUCGGUUUGAUCCUGCGAGAUGCAAACGUCAUCAAGCAGGUCAUUGGCUUCCUUGAUAGUCCUGAAGUUCCUGCGGAAACAACACAGAGCAUACGAAGCGGCCUGUUGUCUAUUGAUACGUGGGCCUCCACCGACUGCCUGGGCUACAAACCUUUCCUCAACCUGAUCCAGCCUCAUCUUCAGCAGCUCAUGAUGGCCUCCAUGGCGUCCGAGCAAGUGCAGCCCGAAGCCUUCCAGCCCUCCGCCUGCCAGAGCUCCAAGCUCGGCGCCGCGGAAGGAGGCCCGGGAGGCUCCGCUUCGGCUCGGCCCGAAGACAGCCGCUGCGCCGCCGCUCCUCUCGGACUGCUGGCGCUCCCGUCACUGGAGCCCGCCGGUGGGUUUUUGAGGACGGCCCCCACCGAGGACAACCGGUCCCCGGACCAGACAGAGGAAUUUGGCGAAGAGGAGGGGAGCUAUGACUGCACCUUAUCUUGAACCACCACCCCUGGAGACCCUGGCUGGAUGCUUGAAAAUACACUGCGUGUGUGCGUGCAUGCCUGUGUGUGUGUGUGGGUGUUCUUGGACACCUUGGUGGGGACAGGUUUUUCGUGGGGACUGCUGUUAGACCUCAUAAGGAACAUGCUGUGUGUGUGUGUGUGGGUGUUUGUGUGUGUGUUCUUGGACACCUUGCGAGGGACAGGUUUUUUGUGGGGUCUUUUGUUGGACCUCAUAAGGAACAUGCUGUGUGUGUGUGUGUGUGUGUGUGUGUGUCUGUGUGUGUGUUGGACACCUUGAGAAGGACAGUUUUUUGUGGGGUCUUCUGUUAGACCUCAUAAGGAACAUGCUGUGUGUGUGUGUUCUUGGACACCUUGAGAGGGACAGUUUUUUUCUGGGGUCUUUUGUUAGACCUCAUAAGGAACAUGCUGUGUGUGUGUGUCUGUGUGUGUGUGUGUUGGACACCUUGAGAAGGACAGUUUUUUUGUGGGGUCUUUUGUUAGACCUCAUAAGGAACAUGCUGUGUGUGCGUGUGUGUGUGUGUUGGACACCUUGAGAAGGACAGUUUUUUGUGGGGUCUUUUGUUAGACCUCAUAAGGAACAUGCUGUGUGUGUGUGUUCUUGGACACCUUUAGAGGGACAGGUUUUUUGUGGGGUCUUUUGUUAGACCUCAUAAGGAACAUGCUGUGUGUGUGUCUGUGUGUGUGUGUCUGUGUGUGUGUUGGACACCUUGAGAAGGACAGGUUUUUUGUGGGGACUUUUGUUAGACCUCAUAAGAAACGUGCGUGUGUGUGUGUGCGUGUGUUGUCUUCUUAGAGAUGUUUUUUUGUGUGGAGACAUUUCAACCAGUCCACUUAAGGAGAAUAUGACAAUGAGCUCAGUGUGUGUGUUGUCUUUUUAAGACAACAUUUGAUCUCCCACCUUUUGUGAGGAAAUUUUGGAUGAUUCACUUGAGAAAACGGUACUUGUGUGAGUGUGUUUUGUGUUCUUUUGAAAGCUAAUUUUUGACAUCCCAGCCUUCUGCGGCCAUUUUUUUGGAGUGGGGUGUUUAGACGGUGGGGAAAUAAUUCUCUGCCAGGACUUGUUGGCUAGUCUGCACAAAGAAAAUGCUGGGAGUGUGUGUGUGUGUGUGUGUGUCUGAAGUCUUGUCUUUAUUUGGCAACUUUUGUCGUCCCAACCUUUUGAAACAAUUGUUUCCCCUUUUUGGGACAUUUCGACUUGUCCACUAAAGGUAAAAUGCGACAAGUAUUCGCUCUUGUGAGGCGUCCUUUUCCAGCCCAACUUUGUGAGGACUGUUAUGGGCUAUGGGGACAAUUUUUGUAGUGGACAUUUUGGCUUUCCUCUGUGUCUCUGUGUAUUUUAUUAAGUCGUUUGUUUGUUUGCGGUAGUUUUUUUUUUUUCAUUUUAAUUGUGGACAUUUUGGCUUGUCCACACAUGGAAAAUGCUAUUUGUUUGUUUGUGUGUGUGUGUGUGUGUGUGUGUGUGUGUGUGUGUGUGUGUGUGUGUGUGUGUGUGUGCGCGCAUGUACUUAAUCCACUCAGUAUUAAAUCCACCCUACUUUGCAUAGCAGGAGGAAUUUCAGUCUUGACGGCUAAUCUAUUUUUUUUAAGGACAACAACAAAAAAAAGUGCCGUUACAGACAAAAACAAAUUUCUUUUUUUUUUUUUUCUCUCGCACUUUGUAUUUUUGGACAAGAAAAAAAAAGGUGCGAGCCGUGCAGUGAGGAGACGUUUGAUACUUUCAUACCUCAUAUGAUUUUAAACAUUAUUUUUUCAAUGACACAAUAGGACGCUAUUUUUUUACACAAGAAAAUCAUGCUAUGAAUUCUUUAAAAAAGAUUUCUACAAUUUCAUUUCCCACAAAAGCUGGACUGCUUUUUCUUUUUUUCUUUUUUUUCUUUUUUUCAAAUAUACCACGUUGUAUUGAGCAUGCAAUGACUUUUUAUUGUACUGGUCAACAUUGUUGUUAUCAUUAGGGUUAUUUAUUGGACUUAUAGCAUCAUUUCCUAAUUCAAUAGCUUUGUUUUCAAUGUGCCGCGACACACUUUUAUUUGAGAAAAAAAAAAGUUCAUCCAGGUGGUAUAAAAGCGUCAGUAUUAUCUUGUGCAAUGUAUUGAAAUGUUACUCUGCUUUGUCUGUUUCCCUACCAGACCCUUUGCUUUUUUCUUCUUUUUUUCCCUUUUUUUUUUAAUCGACCAAAAUGCAAAAUUGUGAGUGUGGGAUUCAAAACGUUUGUCAUGUUAGGUGCUGGGAGAUACGGUAACUUGAUGAACCAAAGACUUCUUAAGUCCGGUGGCCUUCUGUUUUUAUGAUUAUUAUUAUUAUUAAUAUAAAAAAAAACAACUCACAUUGCUGUCAAUGACACUAAGAACUGACUCGCCGGACACAACAUUAGGUACACCUGCGUGGUUAGACGACACAGGUGUACCUAAUGAUGUGACUUGAGGUACUCUGGCGUCCAUCCAACAUGGACGCCGCAGCCCGCCAACAUCCCGAUGCAAUGUGUACAGUUGUCAAGCAGCACAUCCUCAUCACGCUGUGGAAACAAAACACUCUCUCUUGUACAUUUUUUCUACUCAUUUUUUUCUUGCCUGUACAUACAGACCAAUAAAUUAUUUUUUAAAGAAA